AUGACUGGCGCUCGGCUAGCUCUCUGCAGCAUGGGCUUGGGGGUUCUACGGCAGUGUAUCUCUGUCAGUGGCCUCGGGAAUAUAUUCACACCUCGGGGCAAAAUGCGAGAACUAACAGGUUGGACUUCGUCAUCAGGUCUAGGUGUCCAACGGAUGCUAUGCGCUAGUUUUGCAAAAGAAGCAACGGGUGGAGAUUCCAUCAUGAAUACCUUUGGCGCACCGCUGCCUCCUGUAGAGCUGGCAAUUGAUGCGGAGCGCAUCGAAGUGGCAACAGAUGGUUUUAACGGAGAGCACGAAGUAACAGCCGUUGCGGUAAGAGUUGUGCAACAACUGCGAGGAUCAGCUCCCUACAUGGACCUACAUCGUGAUUCUAGCAUGGUAGUGCAUCUUUGUUAGCUGCUGUGUCUCACAGGAUCCUUGUAGAGUUAUUCAUGAGUGCAGGUAGCGAAGUUCUUGAAGAUGAAGACAUGUUCCAGGGAAUAAUGGAUGAUCUAGCAACGUUACACGUGCUCGGGGUAAAGCUGGUGAUUCUAGCAAGUGUGCGAUUUCAAGUAGAUAGAAGAUUGCAAGUGGAAACAGGCGAUGUAGGGGUCCGUGUACGAGGCCUGCGGGUUACUGGCCCAAAAGAGCUGGCAGCGGUUCAAGUCGAGUGUGGCCUUGCCAGGUCACGAGUUGAGGCUGCUCUGUCUAGGGCGCUGCGAAGUGGGGGUGCAUCUCAUGGGCGGUCGACGAUUGGAGUGGACGUAGUUAGCGGCAAUGGGUUCGUUAGUGGGCGACCAGUGGGGGUAGUUGAUGGCAUAGACACCGGAUUUACGGGUGCAGCACGACUAGUGGAUGCAGCAAAAAUUUCAAGGCAUCUAGAUGCAGGUGAAAUUGUCUUGUUGUCUGCGCUCGCAUACUCGCCGUGGGGGGACACCUUUAAUGUACGCACUGAAGAGAUCGCAGCUCGUGCAGCCCCUGCCUUGCUUGCGAGCAAGCUAAUCUUUGUUACUGCAGGCCACGAGUUUGCUUGGAAAGAUAUAAAUAUUCCUCCUGAAUCGACUUCUCGUCGUGUUGCUAGCCUCAGACUCGAUGAUGCCCGCAAGCUUCUCGAACGUCGAGAGGAGCUUUCUCGUGCUGGCUCCUGUGGUGUUGCAGCUCAGCUUCUCGAUCUCACUCACUGGUGCGUUAGUGCGCUCGAACAAGGCGUCACGCGUGCACACCUUAUUGCCCCAACUGACGGGGCUCUUCUCCGGGAGCUAUAUACACGGGAUGGCGCGGGAACGCUUAUCUCUCGUGACAUCUACGAAGGCAUUCGGUCAGCUACUUCGUCUGACAUUGACUCUUUAGUUAGCCUUAUAGCACCACUGGAAAUUGACGGGACGCUCCUAGCACGUCCAAGGCCAAAACUGCUUGAAGAAGUCAAGCGCGGUUGCUUUUACGUUCUCUCUAGAGACGACCUCCCCAUCGCCUGCGCAUCCCUCAAAAGGCUCGAUGCUGCCGGUACACUUGCCGAGCUAGGGUGCCUUGUUGUUGCUCAAAAGUACCGUCGACAAUCGAAGGGGGAUGCUCUUUUAUCAUAUUUGGAACGUGUCGCUAUUGCGGCCGGAGUCCAGAAACUAUUUGCACUUUCCACCAAAACUAUGCAUUGGUUCAUUGAGCGAGGAUUUAGCCAGGUUUCAUUAGCAUCCCUUCCACGGGAGAGGCAGGCUAUCUAUGACAAUCUUAGGAGACCAAAGAUUUAUUGUAAGACCCUAAAGGGAGACCGGGAUGUCGAUGUUGAGGAUGCAUUUUGGACCCGUAGACAUGCAGAAGGUGAAUUUGAAAUUCUGUAAACCCUGAAUAAUUUCUAAUUGUUAUCGACAACCCCCGGGCCCCGGCAGAGAGCUUCGACUUGGGUAAAUCCCUAGCCAAGCGGAUGACUCGGAAGAGUCCAAGUCGAUCCGAAAGACCUGACUCAAAGCUGCCCAAGUCUCAAUGAAAUCGAACCAAAAAGUGUGGCGUCAUUGUUGAGAAUGGAUGCGACCCCACAGACGCGCAACGGCAGACGCGCAAUUACAAAUUGGACUCGGGCAGAGGUGGGCUCGACUCGCGCCGAACUUCUCCGAUGGGCCAUCCCCGUUCCGCCAGACCCAGGCGUGCGACAGGCGCGCAGGCGCGCGACCUCAACGGCCACGGAGAACCGUAGUAGCAGCCUGGAGAUGAACCCGUUUCUCAGAGUGUGGUCACGUGUCGGUGAGGCGCAUGGAAUGUGUCCGGAUGUGAGUCAGCUUUUCCGGCGCUGCUAAUGCAGAAUGUUGCGACGAGUUCCGCGCUCGUCCUUUAGUUCAUAGCCGCUGACAUAGCCGCUGACGUAGCCCUGAAGUGAGCAACCUCAUAAACUAAGAUUCCUUCUAUA